AUGCCGACGAUAGUCGCACGGUUCGACGCGGCACUCCCACUUUGCAAUUGCGGUCGGCUAGCGCUCAUUCACUUUAGUCCACAGUCGGCGGCCGCGGCGCGCGAACGUGUCACGCUACGCGCCUCAGAUGUUAGUUUACGAUUGCGGCAUCGCGUCUCAACUCGGACUUUUACCGUGACAGUGAAAAUAUUUUUUUUCGAAUAUGGGUUAAACGAGCCCGUCUCCGAAAUGAGCCCGGGCGAGCGCGCCGCUCUGGGGCGUCGCGAACACCCUCGCCCUCACUAUGCUGCCACCGCACCGGGAUUUCCGCCACCAUACUACCCGCCUUACGGAGUUCCGCAUCCCAACGCGUGGCUCGGAGCUCCCCUUAUAUCCAUGACAGGUCGCACGCAACAAACGAGAAACACGCCCAUUUCAAAGCUUGCCAUGCACGCUCAAGGCGCUCCCCUCAUCAUACAAAAUAGGCACGACCGACGAAAAUUUACAACCUUUCCUGAACAACGAAACCAUCGGACGAUCGGAUUUUCUGACCAUAUAACCAGAGACAACAGUGACGUGUCUGAAGGAUCUAGGCCGCGGAAUCAACAACAACAGCCGCGUCCGAAUCGAACCAGCCGCAACAAUAAUACGGACGCAGUCAGCGUUGCCAGCGAUGAAAGUUCCGGCUCCACAAAUUCAGAAACCAUGUUGCCACGGAUAAUUAAACCUAGAAAACGCCGUAAAAAAGAUAGAAAACCCAAUAACAUUGUCUCGCAUGAUAUUUCUAACUCCGGAUUGGAACUGGGUGAAGUUGAUCAUUGCGCUGGUACAAAUAUGGCAUCUACGCCGCACGUCUACGAGGAAUCUUAUUGCAGAGAGGUGUCAUUACCGUAUCGUUUAGAGGUGAAAGUACUAGGUUACCCGGAUCCAAUGCCGGAGACUUAUAAAGUUGCUGCAUUGGGUGAGGCUUUAGAGGCAACUCGUUUUGGUAUGACAGAAGCAGUUUCUCCUUCCGAAUCUGCCGUAAGCUCAUGUCAGUGUCGGUAUUGUGAUCCUGUCGGGCAAAUUUGGGACGCCGAUUCCAUUGCACAUUUGCUCGACGAAAGUUCUAGUGGAGAUUUCGCCCCUACCAAAUUAGAGGAGUCUAUGAAAGUGGUCGGACCUAUGGGAAGAAGGGGAAUAGAUACUAUGUUAAGACGCAGUUGGAGCGAUCCUUCCGCUAGAGUUCCAGAAAGGAGGGAAAUUAAUAAUAUUGACACCUUAUCAGCCCCCAAUUUAUAUUCUUUGUUUCCACCUUCGAGGAGGACAAGCUCGCCGGAACCGAGAUCACCGCUUGCGUUGGAAAUUUCGUCAGAAAUUGUCACUUCUAUGAAUGGACAUCGAGACUUAGAAAUUAAGUUAUUUACGACCUCGCCCCCGGCUUCGAACUCCGAGCGUCGAUCAUUUUCAGAAAAUCAAAGUGGUAGUGCUACAGAUCGAUGUACGAUAAAAGAUAACGCGUUACAAGUAAAUAGUGUCGUGGACAGUGGGAAAGUUGUGUCCAAUGCAAACGUUAAAAGUGACAUUGUGGAUUCAGUAUAUUCAUCGGCGUAUGUUACUGGCGAGUCCUCUCGCAACAUUUGUGAUCUAGCCUUAGUUUCAGCCUAA